GUCCGAGCUCUGUCCCGCCCGGCUCGGGUUCUGUAAAGCGACCACCGUGUCUACGAGCGUCCAGCCAGGCAACUCCGCUGCCCCGGGCACCGGCGACCGCCAAGCGCCCCGAAAGUGGCAGGCGGAGCCACGUCUGGACGAGCCCCGCCUGGGCCCAAGCGUACAGAGGAUGGAAACACUCCCCCCGCCAUGUCUCUGGGCCGUCUCCUUCGCCGGGCCUCCUCCAAAGCCUCGGACCUCCUGACCCUCACCCCGGGCGGCGGCGGUGGGCCCCCCUCCGUCCUGGAUGGGGAGAUCAUCUACUCCAAGAACAAUGUCUGUGUGCACCCACCAGAGGGGCUGCAGGGGCUGGGGGAGCACCACCCAGGGUACCUGUGCUUGUGCGUGGAGAAGGACGAGCUGCUGGGGAGCACCCUCAUCCUUACGUGGGUCCCCAACUCUCGGAUCCAGAGGCAGGACGAGGAGGCACUGCGUUACAUCACCCCCGAGAGCUCCCCCGUGCGCAAGGCACCCCGCCCGCGGGGCCGGCGCGCCCAGAGCCUGGGGGCCCCCCGCCAGCCCUCCCCGACAGAGGCCAGGCCCGCCCUGAUCCCCAGAGACGAGGACACCACGGCGGUGGCUCAGAGCGUCCAGGACGCCGUGCAUGUCAGCCCUUCGCCCCCUUCCGAGGACGGGGAGAGGCUGGCCCAGGGCUUGGGGACGGCCCUGCCACCAGCCCACAGCGACUCCGGGAUCCUGUCGGCCGUCAGCUCGCAGGAUGGGACCGAGGAGGGGCGGGAGCCGCGGCCCGAGGCCGGCGAGGAGGAGGGCUCCCUGGAGCUGUCCGCCGAGGGCGUGAGCAGGGACAGCUCCUUCGACUCGGAUUCCGACGCCUUCUCUUCGCCCUUCUGCCUCUCGCCCAUCAGCGCCGCCCUCGUGGACAGCGGCAGCUCCGUGUUCCUGGACAGCGAGAGCGGCUCCCCGUGCGGCGCCGACACCCCCCUGCGGUUCCCCGACGGCCACGGCCUCCUGCAGACCCCGCGCUGGGACGAGCCCCAGAGGGCCUGCGCGCUGGAGCAGAUCUGCGGCGUGUUCCGCGUGGACCUGGGGCACAUGCGCUCCCUCCGUCUCUUCUUCAGCGACGAGGCCUGCACCAGCGGCCAGCUGGUCAUCGCCAGCCGGGAGAGCCAGUACAAAGUGUUCCACUUCCACCACGGCGGCCUGGACAAGCUGUGCGACGUGUUUCAGCAGUGGAAAUACUGCACCGAGACGCACCUCAAGGACCAGCAGGUCGCCGACGAAAAGACGUGCAUACAGUUCUCCAUCCGCCGCCCCAAGCUGCCCUCCUCGGAGACGCACCCCGAGGAGGGCGUGUACAAGAGGCUGGACGUGGCGGCCUGGCUGCACCACCUGAACGAGCUGGGCCAGGUGGAGGAGGAGUACAAACUGCGCAAGGCCAUUUUCUUCGGCGGCAUUGAUGUGUCAAUCCGGGGGGAGGUCUGGCCUUUCCUGCUGCGGUAUUACAGCCACGAGUCCACGUCGCAGGAGAGGGAGGCGCUGCGGGCGCAGAAGCGAAAGGAAUACGCCGAGAUCCAGCAGAAGAGGCUCUCCAUGACCCCUGAGGAGCACAGAGCGUUCUGGCGCAAUGUGCAGUUCACCGUGGACAAGGAUGUGGUCCGGACAGAUCGGAGCAACCAGUUCUUCCGGGGGGAGGACAACCCGAACGUGGAGAGCAUGAGGAGGAUCCUGCUGAACUACGCGGUCUACAACCCCGCCAUCGGCUACUCCCAGGGCAUGUCAGACCUGGUGGCGCCCAUCCUGGCCGAGGUCCUGGAUGAAUCAGACACCUUCUGGUGCUUUGUGGGUUUGAUGCAGAACACGAUCUUCGUCAGCUCUCCUCGGGACGAGGAUAUGGAGAAACAGCUGCUCUAUCUGCGGGAGCUGCUGCGACUGACCCACCUGCGCUUCUACCAGCACCUGGUGUCGCUGGGCGAGGACGGCCUACAGAUGCUCUUUUGCCACCGCUGGCUGCUGCUGUGCUUCAAGCGCGAGUUCCCCGAGGCCGAGGCCCUGCGGAUCUGGGAGGCCUGCUGGGCCCACUACCAGACGGAUUACUUCCACCUUUUCAUCUGCGUGGCCAUCGUGGCCAUUUACGGGGAUGACGUCAUUGAGCAGCAGCUGGCCACCGACCAGAUGCUCCUGCACUUUGGAAACCUGGCCAUGCACAUGAACGGGGAGCUGGUUCUCAGGAAGGCCAGGAGUCUGCUACACCAGUUCCGCCUUCUGCCCCGCAUCCCCUGCAGCCUGCACGACCUGUGUAAGACGUGCGGGACCGGCAUGUGGGACAGCGGCUACAUACCCGCCGUGGAGUGCACGGGCCACCACCCCGGCUGGGAGAGCUGCCCCUAUGGGGGCACGGUGGAGACGCCUUCGCCCAGGCCCCCCAGAGAAGGCAAGAAGGGCCACAAGAUGCCUCGGGACGGCUUCGGUUUCCGCAGAUAGGUCGGACUGCCGGCGCCCGCAGGUCCUGGGCACGUGGGAGGGGGUGGGGAUGGGCCGGUGGAAACACGAGGAAGAAGAGACUUGUGGCAACAGGAAGGGGACCUUUUCGUGUUAAUGACAUCAGCAGAGCCUCGAAGUGACAGAAGUUAAGCCCCGCCAGCUGCCCAGAGAAGAGUCGCCUCCCGAAGCAGUGGGACCAGAGCACACGGCGGUUCCCCCGCCGAUGCAGGCGGGCUGGGUCUCCGUCUGCCCCAGAGGCUCCCCCCGGCACCAUCAGUGACCAGCGACAGUGCCGGGCGAUGAGGAAGGACCAGAAGGCCUGUUCAGCCAGCAGCAUAGGGAAUGUAGAACAGAAUGGGGGCCCGGCCCGGCCCGAGACAUCCCUGCACGCUGGACACACGUCGUCAUCGGGCCCCAUUUUCUGAGCAGGCCAGUCUUGCUUUGCACAGCUUCACGGCUUAUAGGAAGAUGUCUGCAAAAACGAAACAAAACAAAAAACGAAAGCCCGGUGAUUUCAGAGUAGAGAGAUGUGGGAGCGGUGGAGGGUGUGAGAAGCUCGGGGCUUUGUGUCCGUGUAAAUGUUUUAUACUCCUGGUAUGCCUCGGAAACAGCCCGAGCCUCGAGCUGUCGGGAGCUGUCGGACUCGCCUCCCGUAGUGGAGGCGGCUCUACGUGAGCAUCAUUGACAUUGGCUAAGGUCCACCUCACCGAACACAGCGAGCAGCCGGGGGCCGUGUGUGCAGGCAGGAUGGACAACGUCUGAGGGGAGUGGCGGUGCGUUAAGUAACCAACCGAGACAAAGGCACCCGAAAGAACUAGAAAGAUUCCCGCAUGCCCCCGGGCCUGCCCACAGCCUGGGCCUUCCGUAAGUCAGCUUCGCAGGUGGUCGGGCGCAGCAGCGACCGCAGCAAUGUCGGCACUCGGGACACCGUCGCCCCUGCCGGAAUCUAGCGGUGGACGGGGGAGGGUAUGGCAGAGUUCCCAGCCAGCCGAAGAGCAGCCAGCCAGCCGUUGGCACAAGGAGGCCGCUUCUUGAACCGUUGGGAUCGUGGAGGCGGGAACCCUCCCGCACACCCUCGAAGGGGUCAUCAUGGAGACACAGCCCCAACGAAGGCUUCCUCCCGCUCUCAGCUCUCCUCCCUGGAGAGCAAACAAUGCUUCUGGGGCCACGUGAAAAAGAUGUGUAUCCACAGAAGAGAGGAAGUUGCCGGCCCCCUCCCUCCAAACUUCUCAGUCGCCCGUGAGCCCAAGUCCUCUCGCAGGCAAGGCGGCCAACACUGGCAUCUCCAAGUUCCCAGGGCUCCUGUCCCAGAGCCUUCUGGGGAGACCCUCCUGGAACCCCCACCCCGGCCCGCAGAUCCUGGGGUGCUGGCUGUUUUCAGCCCAGCAGCAGGGUCCAGGCUGGAUGGGGGCGGACUUCUCACCUGCUCUGCCUCUGGGAAGAGGGGGGUGCCUUUCUGUGCUGGCCCCCGGUCUGCUUUGGAAAAGGCUUCCGCUAAGCAGGCGCUGUACCGAUCCUGCCGUAGAAACCACAUCCACACAAACAGGAGCAUCCGUUAUCCGUCGCCACGGCGGUGCUGCGUAACAAAUGAGCCCCAAGCCUGGCGGUCUCGCAUGAGGCCUGAGGGUCAGCGGUUUAGGCUGGGCGCUUCUGGCCUUGGCUGGGUGUGCUCGGGAUGGUGACACCCAGGUGGACAGGUCACACCUGGCACUGCGCCGUGUCUCUCGAAUCCCCCACCGCCCCCUGCGAGCUAGCCCCACUCAAGGCAGAAGUGCAGAAGCGGAAAUGCACGGGCGCCUUCCCCAGCCUUGGGGGAGGCCACACCUGCUGUCAUCCCAUUGCCGGAGCAAGUCACAUGGCCAGAGUCAGCACCCAGGGGUGGGGAGCCGGACCCUCCCCUUUAGCAAGAGGAGCCGCGCAGGGACGGCAAGGGGCUGGGAAUUCAGAGGGUGACAAACCAUACAGUCUGCCACCACCUCCAGGAAGUCUUGGUCCAAAUGACCCUGUUUGGGAGCCCUCCUGUCAGGGGCAUGGCUUCCCCUGUAAAGGCAGGAGAUGCCCAAGGGGAAAGAGCGUGCUUCUAGGCUCACCGUCUAGCAGAAUAGCAUCCGUGCAUUUUACUGAGACACCUUGUGCCUUUGGGCUGCUGUGUAUGUGUGUGCGUCUGUGUGUGUGUGUGUGUGUGUGUGUGUGUGUGGUGGGGGGGUGUCCAGGGAAUCCCUCACUUUGGAGGGUCCUGGCUGCAAAGCAUUCAUGCUGCAUCUCCCGGCUCCCGCAGCUCCCCAAGACCCCUUCCAAGUGCCGCCCACCCACGCCGCCCCCGCCUCACACCCCUGUGCGCCGCGCGGGGCCCCGGUGAGACCUUCGCCUCUCAGAGCAGCCGGUCUCGGAAGCCGGAGACCUGGAUGUGUGGGCUCCUGGAGGGCAGGCUGCGCUGGAGGGCUGGGAAGGGCCUCGCAGGGCUCCCUUAAUCUGGAUGCAAUUAGAGGAAACCAGCCAAAAACCCCGCGGCAGCUGUUGCCCCGGGAUUAUUCCCAGCCAGCAAAAGGCAUUAGGGUGAUAAUUCCGUCAUUAGACUUGUAGCCUUCCCACCUCCAAAACGUGCAAAUAUGGGAUAAUCAGCCCGGCACGGCCAUCCUCCGUGAUGCUGCUUAUUUAACCCAUUUUUUUAAAUGACACUUAAUGUUAUUGGCUGGUGUGCGUGCGCGCGCAUACUUAAUUUCCCCACCGCUAACGGCUGUGCUGACGCGACACGACGUUGUCGGGGCCCCUGGGAAGAGAGGGAGCCUCUGAUGCACGUGUGCUGGCAUGGAAGGCGUGGACGGGGCAGCAAGGCAGGGGCUCACCAGCCCCGGGGAAGAAGGGACGGCGGGGGGGUGGGGGCGGGGGACGCCCAGGCUGGUGCGGUUGGGGCCUGGUUCUGCUGUUCCAGAAGGCUCCGACCCAAGUCCCAGCCAGGAAGACUCGAACUCACGAGUUCUGGGAAUUGGUGUCCCUGAGCCGGUCGGUGUGGGGGGAACAGACGGCAUGAGGAGGGGCCCCCCCGACCACCUGCUCAGGGGAGGGGGCCGUGCGGUCCAGAAGGGGCGGCCCGGCUCCAUGGGCGGCCUCGGUCUGGGUGCCAUCAGCAGCACGGUGUCCUGAUGGGCCGCGUGUCAGGCAGCACGGAGGUUUUCAAGUCCAGGACCUAAAGCGCGUGUCCUUCCGAGUCUGUCCACGAGAGCCCUUCCGGAAGCCCCAUGUGGGGUGAGCGGCCAGACGGGAGGAAGCUUCUGGUCCUGAAACGGACGCUUCUCCCGGGCUAAGUGGCGGUGGCUGGCAGAUACUGGGGACCGUCGUGGUGGAGGUGAUGCUCUGUGGGGUUUGCCUCGUUUUCUGUGAGGUGCCUCUGAGCUCUCUUGGCCCUUCCUUGUUUGGGAGAAGUCGCUUGGAGCGUGGCUGUCCUCAAGGUGAUGGGAAUUUGCUCGUGGCACUGCCCUGCCCCUGCGGAAGCCUCGAUCCUCCGCCUGGCCUCUCCUCCCCUGCAGAGAAGCUGCGGGGUGCCAGGGACCCCUGGGUUCACCCGGCAAAGAGAAGGAAGCCUCUUCCAGUCUGUGUGCCCUGAGUGGGAGGAAGGGAAAGGCGUUCGCCCAGGAAGAACCACUCGUGCGGGGGCACGGACUGGGCCAGAGGAGGUGGCCUACGGCCCAGGGAGGGACCCCUCAAGCUGGACCUGCCACAUCCCCAGAGACUCGAGGGAACCAGACAGCCCAGGAUCCGAUUAGCCCUGUGUGUCUAAGCCAGGCGACGAGGCUGUCCCUCGGAGUGAAAACAUUGUGUCGGGACAUUCCUAGCUCAGAGGGACUUGCCAGUUCACUUCCUCCAAAGUCGUGAAGCCUGAGACCAGGGCUCCCCGUAGGGGGUGAGUAGUGUUGCCUCUCUGAGCCUCAGUUUCCCCAUCUGUAGAAUGGGGAUGAUGGCACCCACCCAACCCGCCUCGCCGCUGGCCUCGGGCCUCUCCAUGUAAAAGCUAUGCUAAGGGUGAUCUGCCAAGCCCCAGGGGCCUCACCCGCUACUCAGGGAAGAGACCACUGACCCUGGCCUUCAGCAGCCUUGCCCAAGAGCCACAACCCAUUCCCCCACUCCAGAGCUCUGCCUGCUUUGGGAGUCAGCAAACCCCAAACCUCUCAUAUGCCCACCUUGCUGCGUGUACCCGGCCGACGGGAAACCUCUCUGUGCCUCUUCUGUAAAAUUCACCCCAUGCCACCCCACUCCUGCCCCCAAGAAAAAUCAGCCAUGAACCAUAACCUCAGCGACCCUGCGAGAAGCCUAUCUGCGUGGGCGUGCAAGGCUCUUCAGCAGGGAUGUGGUACGUGGACGUGAGGUCUCACCCCCUCCGCUGGGAACCCCCCCUCGCUGGGACUCUGGCCUCCUGGGUGAGGGCUGCGGGACCAGGGGAGGGGCAUCCCUGGGCCUCCAGGGAGCAGGGCAGAGGGACACGCAGCCGGUGGGCAUCUGGCCCUCUAGACACAUCUCGCUGAAUCUCUAGGAGGGAACAUAACGUUUCAGACGCAAAGAGAGAUCAAGCCACCUGGCCGUCUUCUCUCCAGCGUCUCUCGUUGGCGGGCAGGGGUCUGCUGUUUAAGGGAAAACCUAAUGAAAUAUCCAUCCUUUCCAACAGA